AGACUUAAGAUUGAAUAAGAAAUCAAUUCAGUUGAGUGUUUUCUUCAUUGCUCAGCGAACGUUGCGCUACUUUGAUAAAUUAAGAAUAUGAUAUUACUAAAUUGCCUAGUAAUAUGCCUGUGCAUAUUUUCCUGUGGUGCCCAGGACUCUUCCUUGGACAAAUUGAUAUCGGACAUCUUUAAAACGGACGAAACACCCAAACCAUCAUCCCCUCCCCCGCCAGUGGUGAACCCCAAGGAUUCGUCCGGUAGCACGGGAUCCGAAAACGGAGGAUCGAGUUCAACGCAGUACCAGUCCUGUGGCGAUCAAAAGGAGUGUGUUCCUCGCUGGUUGUGCGCCAAUGAUACGAUUAACACCAGUGGCGAUGGUAUCAUUGACAUUCGACUUGGUACGGACGCCGAAUGCAAGAACUAUUUGGAUCUUUGCUGUGAUCUGCCCAACAAGAGAAAAGAUCCGAUUUUCGAGUUUAAGCCUGAUCAUCCCGAGGGCUGCGGUUACCAAAAUCCCAACGGCGUUGGCUUUAAGAUCACUGGAGCUGUCAACCAGGAGGCCGAAUUCGGCGAAUUCCCCUGGAUGCUGGCCAUUCUCCGGGAAGAAGGCAACCUUAACCUGUACGAAUGUGGAGGAGCAUUGAUAGCUCCCAAUGUGGUUCUGACCGCGGCGCAUUGCGUUCACAACAAACAGCCCAGUAGCAUUGUUGUGAGAGCUGGCGAAUGGGAUACGCAAACGCAGACUGAGAUCAGAAGGCACGAAGACCGAUAUGUCAAGGAAAUAAUCUACCAUGAGCAGUUCAACAAGGGAUCGCUCUAUAACGAUGUGGCUGUCAUGCUGUUGGAAAGUCCAUUCACCCUCCAGGAGAACAUUCAGACCGUUUGCCUGCCCAAUGUGGGUGAUAAAUUCGAUUUCGAUCGCUGCUAUGCCACCGGCUGGGGCAAGAACAAGUUCGGCAAGGAUGGGGAAUAUCAGGUUAUCCUGAAGAAGGUCGACAUGCCCGUGGUGCCCGAGCAGCAGUGCGAGACGAAUCUGCGCGAAACUCGACUCGGCAGGCAUUUCAUUCUGCACGACAGCUUCAUUUGCGCCGGCGGUGAGAAGGACAAGGACACCUGCAAGGGUGAUGGUGGCUCCCCACUGGUGUGUCCAAUUGCUGGCCAGAAGAACCGCUUCAAGUCCGCCGGCAUUGUUGCCUGGGGCAUCGGAUGCGGCGAGGUGAACAUUCCCGGAGUGUACGCCAGCGUGGCCAAGCUUCGUCCGUGGAUCGACGCCAAGUUGAAGAUUUGGAGUAUUGACCCCAGGCACUAUACACCCUAAGAGCAAAAUUGUCACUUGAAUUUGUGGGUUUUAAUCUUCAUGCUUCACAAUGCUCUCACUUAAUAUAUGCCCAAUAUGUUAAUACUCAAAAUU